AUGACGACCAGAAGCAGAACACUCCUAUUUUUACAAUAUCGUAAUACGUUUGCGAGAAAUAUUCAUUCCCGACCCUUAGCUACCUCUUCAAAUGGUUAUGAUUCUUAUAAUACUUCAGAGCAUACAGGUUUAAUAGAAAGUUCGGACCACGUUAUAGAACUUUCCGUCUUACCACCAAAAUGGGUGGAUAUAGUUGGUGAGGUGGACGAUGAUAUCGAACAAAUAAAAAAUCUAAUUCCAACGUUAGAAUCUCUUCAUAAGAAACAUGUUCUCCCAGGAUUUGAUGAUAGAACUACGGAAGAAGAUGAGAUAGAACGAUUAACAGACGAAAUCACACACUUAUUUCAACAAUGCCAACGGAAAAUUAAACGAAUUGCUGAAAGUUUAUCAUCAGCAGCAUCAAAUCAAGAACGAGCAAUGAGCAAAAAUAUUCAAACAUCAUUAGCUUCAAAAUUACAAGAUUUAUCAUCGGGCUUUCGAAAACAACAAGCAUUGUACAUGAAAAAACUUAAAGGAAGAGAGUCUAAGAGUUCAGGAUUAUUUUCAAUAGAAAGCAACGAUUCAAAUGAGGACGAUUUGGAAUUGGGAUUUACUUCAAAUCAACUUGCAGUUGUGGAAUCUUCGGAAGCAAUUAUUUCGCAGCGAGAACGAGAAAUAAAUGAAAUCGCAAAAUCUAUAUACACAAUAGCAGAAAUUUUUAGAGAUCUUCAAGCACUUGUUAUUGAUCAAGGAACAUUGUUAGAUCGAAUUGAUUAUAAUGUUGAACAAAUGAAUGUUGAUGUUAAAUCAGCUGUCAGAGAAUUAGAUAAGAACUAG